AUGGAACCGAUUCGCACAGCGGUAGUCGGCGCUGGAUUAGCAGCGACAGUCUUCCAUGUCCCACUCGUCCUCAGUCUCCCUCUUCUUUUCAACCUCUUCGCCGUAGUCGAGCGAACACCACCCGCCCAGGCGCCAGAGGGGACCAUUGCGAAGAAGUUUGGAGUCAAACCCAAACUGUAUACCAGAUUAGAAGACUUGUUGGACGAUCCAGAAGUCGAAUUGGUCAUCGUCGCAACUCCCAAUUCUACCCAUUUUGAAUUCUCCAAGAAAGCGUUAGAGGCCGGAAAGCAUGUCCUCGUGGACAAGCCCGUGACGACGACCUACAGCGAGGCCCAAGAACUCGGAAAGCUCGCCAAGAGCAAGGGUCGUGUCCUUUACGCAUUCCAGAAUAGACGAUGGGACUCUGACUAUCUCACCUUGCGGGAAGUCCUCGAUGCCAAAUCGCUCGGAGACAUUACAGACUUUGAGUCCCACUACGACCGAUACCGCAACUUUUUAAAAGGAUCCUGGAAAGAGUCGGCCAAAGCUGGCAGCGGUCUGAUAUACGAUUUGGGUACGCACUUGAUCGACCAAGCUCUGCACACAUUCGGAAGACCAGCAAAGCUGACCGCGUUUCUACAAAACCUACGCGGAAUCGGCGAGGACGAGGUCGAUGACAAUUUUACCAUCAUCUUACAUUACCCGCGAACGGACCAAAAUCCGUACCUCUUGACGGUCACGCUCCGCGCCCACCCGCUCUCGCAGAGAACACCGCAGCUACGCUACGUCGUACGCGGGUCCAAGGGUACCUUUGUCAAAUUUGGACUCGACGUGCAAGAGGAGCAGAUGAAAGAGCGCGGCGUCGAGGCGUUUGGCAAAGACUGGUUCGGGCGUGAAUCAGAGGAGAUUCACGCCGAGCUCGAGACUGUACAGCAAGAAGGCGACAAGGCGCUUAGCAAGAAAAGGAUAGUCAGCAAAAAAGGAAAUUAUCAAGCGCUCUAUGAAAACCUGGCGGGUGCGAUCCGCAAGGGGGACGCGCUGAGUGUUCAAUGGAGCGAAGCUGAGACGGUGAUGCUAAUCGUCGAAUUGGCUAUCAAGAGUUCAAAGAAGAGAGAACGGUGGAAGUUCCAAACAGUUAGCUUAGCCUUGAAUGUUUAA